AUGGCUUGCAGUCUGAAAUUAUCCGGGCUCGCCUUCUUGGCUCUGCUGGGCUCGACUGUCGUCGCAGGGAAGGACAAUUGCUCGGCUUGCAGCUUGAAUCAGUUCAAUGCGACGGUUGGAGGACGCGUGCAGCCGCUCAAUCCCUUCUCCUUGCCCUGCUUCUCCAACUACAAUGGCACCCCGGUGGCUCGCGACGCUGCUGCCUGCGCUGCCAUUCAGGCCAACUACGGCGAUCCGUGGCUGCGAACCAACUCUCCCAAUGGCUACAUGAACAACCAGGAUGAGAUGUGGUCGUCUGAUCCCAGCGAUCAGUGCCUGCUCGACAGUAGCUAUCCCACUGAUCCCUUGGCGUUCGUGAAUGCCACUUGUCGACAGGGCAACAUGCCCUCGUACUACCUCGAGGUGCACAGCGCCAAUGACGUGAUCGAGGCGUUCCGGUACUCGAACUGCUCCGGCCAGCGGCUGGUCAUCAAGAACAGCGGCCAUGACUAUCUCACUCGCAGCAGUGGCCGUGGCACGCUGUCCCUGUGGACUCGCAACCUGAGGUCCAUCCGCUACGACCCUGCUUUUGUUCCCGUUGGCAGCAACAGUGCCGGUCUCAAGUACAACGCCAUCACCGUCGGCGCCGGAGUCAACUUCGACGAGGCGUACGCCUUUGCGCAGCAGCACAACGUCACCAUCCUGGGCGGCUACUCGCCCACCGUCGGUGUCUCGGGCGGUUGGGUCCUGAACGGCGGCCACUCGGUCCUCAGUCCCGUGUACGGACUCGGGGUCGACCGCGUCCUGGAGUUCAAGGUCGUCACGCCAGACGGCGUCUACCGCACCGCCAACGAGUACCAGAACGCCGAUCUCUUCUGGGCCCUCCGCGGCGGCGGCGGCGGAACCUUUGGCGUCGUGCUCGAAAGCACCCACCGCGUCGAGCCUGCCAUCCGCUUCGUGGCCGCCAACAUCAACUUCCCCAGCACCUCCUCCAACAUGCUCCCCUUCAUGGACAUCGUCGUCAACAACACCCUAAAAUGGGCCCAGGAAGGCUGGGGCGGCCACAUCACCGGCAACACCCUCGUCAACGUCUCCCCUUUGCUUACUGUCGAGCAAGCCAACGCCUCCCUGGCGCAGGUGAUCGCCUACGCCGAGGCCAAUGGCGGCUCCGCCUCCAUCGAAGAGUACACCUCGUGGUACCCCUUCUACGAGAAGUACGUGACCACCAGCUCCGUCGCCGUCGGCGUCACCCGCUUCCCGGGCAGCCGGCUGAUCCCGCGCUCUGUCUUUGAGACGGCCGAGGGCCGCGCCAACCUGAUGGACUUCUUCGCGCUUCUCCAGUCGACGGGCCAGACGCCGUACAUCCCUGUUGUGGGGCCGGUGCUGUACAACUACACCGAGGGGUCGACGAGUGCGGCUCCUGCAUGGCGGCAGGCCGUCUGGGAGCUGGGCUCCGGGACUGCGUGGGCGUGGAACAGCACGUUGUCGACCAGGAAGCAGAAGAUCGCGGGGAUCCAGAAUAUGACGGCUGUUAUUGAGGGGAUCACCCCGGGCAGCGGGGCGUACAGCAACGAGGCGAACCCAUUUACGAUCAACUGGCGCGAGGCGUGGUGGGGCGAUAACUAUGACAGGUUGGUGAGUGUGAAGAACAAGUAUGAUCCUCAGGGGUUGUUGAGUUGCUGGAAGUGCAUUGGGUGGGAGGAGUCUGAUGCUGCCACCUCGCCUUUUGCUGCGUUUGUCUAG